AUGGAGAUUUGCGGCCGCCCAAUGUGUGUUGCUGGUGUCGACAUCUAUCCUAUUGGGAUGAAUCCGGAAAUCAAUUGGCCUAAAGGCGCACAUGGAGGAGCCAAGUUGGAUCCAGCUCAUGAUUUGGAAUGGCUAUAUCGAAUGUUUCCAUCCGAAUCAAAGUGUUGA